AAAAAUAUUAACCAUCUGCAACAUCAAACUUGUUUACGCACACAAGGCAUUGCAGCCACAACGACGGGUGGAAUAUCCGCAUGCGCCAUGUCACUGGACGCAAUGGACAUCGACCCCGCUCCCCUUUCACCAGAGAGAAAGCGCAAAAAUAAAGAAAAGGACAGGCACUCGGCCAAAAAGCGCAAGCAUCAAGUGACCACCACCACCGCACAGCCAGAUGUAGAGGAGUCUUCACCAAAAGCGAAGAAAAAGGAGAAGAAGGAGAAGAAGCAUAAGAAGCACAAGUAUCAUGAGGGUCUCGAGGCAUCUGCGCGAGCGCUGCCAGAUACGCCCAAUUCGCGAUCUAAGAAGCCCAAGAAGCCUGCACACCAAUCCCACCAAGCUGCCUUGAACGAUGACUGGGAGCAAGAAGAACAACCUUCCAAACCGCAAUCCCAAUCCCCAACAACCUCCAGAAAGCCUCUCUCGAAAGCCUCUGUUUCGCAAUUGGAAUCCACAUCAGCAGACUCCACAGAAUCGUCCCCCUUCCACCUCAUAACCGCAACCCUCUACGUCCCUCUCUCCCCAAUCUCCAUCUCCCCAACCCACGCCCUCUCCUCCCUACAAGCCGAGCACCUCUCUCCCCUCCUGCUCACCUACUACCCACCCCUCCGCGGCAUAGUGCUCGCCUACUCCAACGCCUCCAUAUCCUCGAGCGCUCCCUCACCAACCUCCCCGCCAACCCCCCCCCACAACCCAGACGAAGACCUAAACCCACAGCCCUUAACCCUCGCCGUGAGCGCGGGCGAAUACGGCGUCCUCUAUGUCUAUCUGACAGCUACGUUCCUAAUAUUCCGCCCAGAGCGCGGCCAGCUGCUCGAGGGAUGGAUAAACGUGCAAUCCGACGGCUUUCUGGGCGCCGUAGUGUACAAUCUCUUCUCCGUAGGCAUUGAGCGUCGCCGGCUGCCCGCUGACUGGCAGUGGGUGGCGCCGGGAGAAGAGUCAACUACUGCAGCUCUGGGAACCACUACGCCUAAAAGAUCCAGCGGUACUGACGACGACGAUGAUGACGACAAUGAGGAUAAGGAUUCAGAUUUCGACUCUGACAAGGAGAAUUUCCGCCCGCUUCCUGCGACUUCAUCUACAAUCCUCGACCUGAACGCCCAGAAUCAUAACCAUGAAGGCAUGGAGCCGCCAUUUGAAGCAUUCGAAGAUGCUGCCGCCGGCUAUUUCCGGACGCGCUCGGGAAGACGAGUGCGCGGAAUGGUCCGGUUUCGCGUCAGGGAUGUGGAUGUCAUUCCAGGCGCGGAGCAUGAUAAGGGCUUUCUGAGUAUUGAGGGGACGAUGCUGAGUGCCGUGGAGGAGGCGAAGUUGCUAGAAGAGGAGAGGAGAAGGGCUGCGUUGGCUCCAUUGUCAUCAUCAUCAUCAUCAUCGGCGGUAGCGAGAGCAAGAGCGGGAGCAGGGAGGAGUGGUGAUGAAGUACCUCCGCGGGCGAUGAUGUCGGGUGGGCUGGGGAUCCCGAGCGCUGCUGCUACUGCUGCUGCUGCUUCUGAUGAUGAUGCUGAUGAUGAUCUAAUGGAAGUGGAACCGGAGGCGGAGCUGCCCGUGCCCGUGCCGGGGAAACAGGGGAAGGACAAGGAGAAGAAGAAAAAGACUAAGGUGAAGAAGACGACCUCAUGAGAAGUAGGCACAAAGUUUGAGGGGUAGGCUGGAGACGGGAUUUUGAGAUUACGCCGGAUGUUUGGUUGGGUUUGGUAUAUACUACUCCAUACUUUGCCCUUUUUUCUUUGAUCUAUAGAAGCACAUGUGAAGAUAUCGAUUUUCCACACUUUCCAUUCGCGGUCUCAUUUGCUAUGUGGUCUCAUGUAUAUCCUGGGAGAGGUUUUCAUCUCAUGUUUUGUCCUUGGUAUUGUCGCUGUUUUUUUGCGCUAAUCUUCAUAGCUGUCUCUUUUUGCAUGCUAUGUCGGCAUGCUUUGAAAUAUAGGGGUGAUUAUUCUUUUUUGUCAAGGAUUAAAGAUCAUAGAGAGCAUUCCAUUUAUGAAGAUUUGGUUUUGGGAUUUUUUUUUUUUCUUUGUGGUCAGUUAUAUUUCACUUGAAUUAUCAUCGCCAACUCCCUUCAAACUGAAUCCGACCCAACGCCACGCCAUCCAUUAAUUCCUAAUCAUGGAAACCCCUCCCCCCCCAAAAAAAAGGGCACAUACACCUCAUGCCAAAUCCACCUUCAACACAUCCACCCCCUCAUCCACCUCCUUCUUGUUCACCAUCUUCCCCCUCUUCAUCAACUCAGCACACUUCAUAACAAUCGGAUCCAUCCCCAUACUCGAAACCGCCACCACCGUCUCACCCAGCACAUAGUAUGCCACGAAUUUCCCCGCCUCCGUAUCCCCCUUAAUAAUCAAAUCGUCAAACCCAUUCAUCGUAUUGCCGCAGUAGCGCAGUUGGCCACCCAGCGCCGACCAGAAGAUCGGAAUGAACGAUUUCGCCUUCAGCGGCACGGAACUGUUGCUCGAGAACGAGUGGGCGAUCGUGCGUCCGACGCUUCGCCCCGAGUUCUGUGCUACGUCCCAGUGCUCGAUGCGCACGUGCGUGUGGCCGCCUUGGCCUGCCCCAGGUCCAUCGUAGGGGUAUGUGGCGAUGUCGCCGACGGCGUAGACGUCGCUAUCGCCGUUCGUGCCCUUUAGACACUCGACAGCGAAGUACUCGUCCGUUUUGAGGGACCCGUCGCGCUCGAGGGUUACGCUGGGGUUAUCGCGGAGGAAUUCUGUGGCCGGGCUGACGCCGACGCCUAGGAUGACGAGAUCGGCGGGCAGAGCGGUGCCGUCUUUAAGGUAAACGGCGGCUACCUUUGAAGGAUCCGCGUCAGACGAGGUAGCUUUGUCGACGGAGGCGGACAUGUAGAACUUCACGCCGUUCUUUUCCAGAUUAGUUUGGAAGACGCGUCCUACUUUUGCGCCCAUGAUGCGCUCGAGCGGUACGGAUUCCAUGCCGACGAUUUUCACGUUGUUCUCCUUGGAGAGUGUGUUGCCUACUUCCAUGCCAAUGAAGGAGCUGCCGAUUAUCACGAUUUCUUUCUGCUUCCUGGGCCCUACGGCAGCUAGAAUGGCUUGCACAUCUUCCACAGUGCGGAGGACGAAUAUGUUCCCCAGUUCUUUGAAGCCGGGGAGUGGCAAGCGGCGCGGGGUCCCGCCUGUAGCUAGGAUUAGUUUUGUAUACGGAACUGAUUUGCCUGAUUUGGUCGCUACGGUCUUGUUUGUGAAAUCGACGGAGGUGACUUCGUCCGAGAGCACGGAGACGGAGACCGCGGCAUACCAUCCUUUCUCUCUGAGGAGGAGUUUCUCUGGGUCUGGGAUUAGGGCUUUGGAGAGCUUCGUUCUGUCGAGGGGGAGGUUGGGCUCCUUGGAAAUUAUUGUGAUUUGGCCGCUGAAGCCGUGCUCACGGAGCACUUCUACUGCUCCGAUGGUUCCGCUUCCGCUGGAUGGGUAGAGAUAUGCCAUUAGCAGGAGUUGGGUGUAGAGAAGGGAAAAUUCUCCAGACCUACCCUCCAAUAAUUACAACCUUCUGAUCAUGUUGAGAAACGCUACAAGAACUAAUGGGCAGCCUGCCAUUUUGUUUGAAGGUUGUCUCGUCAGCCUUGACGUAGACGCUUCCAUCUUUCUCGAACACUUCAUAUUUAUGUAGCGCAUUGAGGGCUGGCGCAUCUUCCACGUCUCCAGUUGUAAUAUUAAAACAAGCUAGCAAAAAACAAAAUAUGAUACUAGUUAGCGACAAUCAACUCUUUAUAUCUCCUCAAUUACAAUUAAAUUUACAUAAACGGAA